UCGUCUGGUUUCAACGGGUCCACUCUGUAUAUCUCUCUCUCUAGAUUGUUUUCCUUCCGAGCUUGAUAAUGGCGAAUCCAGCGCAAUCAAAGGGAUGGAUUAAGAACUUUUCGUCGAUAGCCUCAUGGGUUUACUUCCUCUUGAUCAUCCUCCAGAUCCCUCUCUUCAGGGUACCAUGUAGAUCUGGAAUGUGUAUGUCACCGAUCCAUGUGACAUCGUCUCAGUUGAUUUCUAGUGAGAUCUUUCCUGUUCCGGUCAUAAAGGGUCUCUUAUACCCUGGUGCUAUUGUCCAUGGUCUCGCCACCAACAUGACGUUUCCAAAGUGGGAAAAUGUGUUAGAUCUUUACAAUCUCACCAACGUCAAAGAAGCAUCUGCAGUUCCCGAUCUUCAGCGCCUUGAGGUUCUUGCAGGGAGCUACUUCUCUGUAGCCGGGGCCUUUAUCGGUUUGCUAAAGCCUGGUAGGAUGGGCAUGUUUGGAUCGUUGCUGCUAGUUUGGGGUCUUGUCAAAGAAGGGAUUUUGAAGAAGCCAGUGAAUACUGAUCCGAGCAAAACCGUUUAUGUGUACCCAACCAUGGUGAUUGCGGUGAUCUGUGCUUUCUCUAUGAUAAAUUAUAACUUGAAGAAAGCCACGAGGGCUGCUCCUGCUCGUCCCAUUGCUAAACCUCUCAUGAGCUCUUCAAAAUCCAAGCUCAAGUGAGUUUUUUUGUUGUCCUGUCUAGGAGAAUAUUACUGUCACACUCUUUGCCGUGUUAUUAGCACUCAUGUAUCCUGAGUUUUGUGAGUUGUUUCUUUUGUAUACUCUACUCAGUUUCAGCAAUUCAAAUCCUACUUUUUUUUUCUUUU